UGCUUAUCAUUCUUGUUCUAAUCUUCGGACCGCUAAACCAACAGUAGUCCGAGUAGAAACAGUGGUACACACUAUAUGUAAUACAAGUGAUAUUCAAUCGUGUGGUGACUUUAUAUACGGUAACAAUGUCUGUCGAGAGUGAUAAAAAUCUGUCGAUAUCAACAUCAACAUCUAAAGAUUCUGGCGCUACGAUUGCAGUUAAGGUGUAUGACAAUCUAAUAUCUGAGUUGAGAUGUCCGAGCUGUGCGUAUCCAAUGAGAGGUCCAAUAAAAUUGUGUGAAGGUGGACAUGCAAUAUGUCAUUCAUGCUUGAGAAUAUUAGAAAAAUGUCCGUUAUGCUUUAAACCUUUCACGGAAAUCCGUUCACUAACGUUAGAAGCACUGACAACCAAAGCACAGUUUAAAUGUUCUAAUGCAUCGUUAGGUUGUGCAGUCCGAUUGCAACUAAAAUUGUUGGACAAGCAUGAAGAGCGAUGCGCAUAUCAACUAGGACACUGUUUCAUGGGUAAGGUUUGGGACAAUUGUAAAUGGCAUGGUCGUGAAAUUGACUGGGUCGACCACUGUGAAGUAGAUCACCGAGAAAAGGUAUUUUUCGGAGCGGAAGUAACACGCACCUGGGAAUUGAAACGGAAUAAUCCAAAAUCGAUUUGUGGCUUCUAUCUCUUCCGAGUAUUUAACGAAACGUUCGAUUUUUAUCAAAUCUACGAUAACCUUAGAAGUAAAGUUUAUUGGACAUUGGUGUGUGCAUCCAAGAAUCCGAAUGAUGCAAAAAGAUAUUCUUAUGAAGUGGAACUAUUUUCGCCGUCAGAUGAUACAAAGCUGGCUGUUCAACGAAAUCCAUGUCACAGUGAAAUUAAUGCUGGUAUACUGCAGAAAUCGGCGGUUUUUGGACUCGGUGAACUUAUGGGAUUCAUGGAUAAUAACCGAAUUCUUCAUUACCGCAUUAAAAUUCUUGAAAAUGAUCUAACAAAACGAAUGUCAACUAUCAGCAACAGGGGUGAUGCAAGAAGUCGCUUCUUCGAAACUGACUAUUCACAAACAAAUAUCGAAGGCAGUAACCUUAUUAGAAUUCCACCAGAUAACAUUAUCACUCGUCAAACCAAUAAAACGACUUUCUUAAACGGAGCAACAAUUACCACCCCAGAAAUUGAUGCAACUUCUAGAAGUUCUAUUUCAAGAGACAGUUUGAACUCCGCACCCAACUCGAAAGAAAGUUCACCGGCGAACGUUACAUUGGAUUAUGAACCGAAUAUCGCGGAUGAACCGAUAAAAUUCGGCAGUCGUAAAUCAAUCUCCGUCACAACGUCGAGUGAACCACGUAGCCCCAAUGGAACUGAAUCGCGUCCGAUGAUAUCCAAUGGGCACAUUAACGAUUCCAUUGAUGAAACAAUAAUUGAAAACAAAGAUUUAAAGAAAAUAUUCAUUCGUUCCUAUAGCAUUGAUGUGAAGAACAUUGACGAUUUUUUAACCGACGAGGCUGCGAAAUCGGCUAACUCUAUCCCGAAACCACCAAGGUUGUCUUUGGAUGUAGAAAAGCAGAACGCCGAUGAAGUACAGGCUCUGUUGAGUGAAAAUAUUGCAAAUGGAAAAUCGCCGAAGUUAGACUCUGGGAUACAUUGAAGCUCUAAAAAGUUAUUGUAUGCGGUGUUCGAGUACGUGCACAGUGCGAGAAAAUAAAGAAGUAACAUUUUUAAUCCCCUUGUUCCAAAUGCGGUAUCCUCGUUAUCAUUCAGACACACAGUAUAGAUACGUACAUCAGUGUGGAUAUCGCACAUGUAAAGAAUAACAUAUUGGAUUAAAAUGGUCCGUUUUUAUAAUUCUCAUCCUGUACAAAUGAAGAAUUUA